GUGGAAAUCACGUGUCGGAGCAGCCUUUUUUUAAUCUCCUGAGCUGCGGCGGCAGCAAUUGGGUUUGGUCAGCUGGAAGGACGAUGCGCGGUUGGGUCUUCGUAGCGGUGGUGGCCGCGACUUUGCUGGCCGUGGGAGCCCGGGAUCCGUUUGCUGAAGAUUGCAAAAUACAUGAAUAUCCUCCAGAGGGACCAACGUUUAAAGGAACAAUUCCUGAAUAUGUCAUAAAUCUUGACCUACCACCAAGUGAGAGAUGGGUCCAGGUGGUACGUGACAAAAAAAAUGAGUUAAAGCUUGUAAUAAAGACUAUUAAAGAUAUUGUAUUGACAUUCAUCCAUAAUGAGAAAUUUGUAGCAUCUAUGGAGUCAAAAAUAGGUUGGUUAUGCUCUACCCUUCCCUAUCCUUUCAAUGAAGAAAUAAAAGGCAUUGCUUCUGCUGUUGAUGCUCCUUUAGGUGAUGUUGUUCUGUUCAACAUCUUCUAUGAGAUCUUCACGGUGUGCACAUCCAUAAUAGCUGAAGACAAAACAGGAAAGUUAUACCAUGCUAGAAAUCUUGAUUUUGGACUGUUUCUUGGGUGGGAUGUACAAAAUAGUUCCUGGUAUACAACGCAGAAGCUGAAGCCAUUAAUGGUAUCAUUGGAUUUUCAGAAAAACAAUAAAACAGUAUUUAAAUCUGCAAAUUUUGCUGGCUAUGUGGGAAUGAUAUCUGGAGUUAAACAAGGGAUUUUUACAUUAACCAUGAAUGAGAGAUUCAGUCUUGAUGGAGGUUACAUUGGAGUCUUUGAGUGGCUUAUUGGCAAGAGAGAUGGUUGGUGGAUGAGUUUUCUCACCAGAGCUGUGUUGGAAAACAGCACAAGUUAUGAAGAUGCAAAGGAUAAAUUGGCCAACACAAAGCUGCUGGCUCCAGCUUACUUCAUACUAGGAGGAAACAAAUCGGACGAGGGUUGCAUUAUUACACGUUCUCGAAGUGCUGCUUUAAACAUUAAGAAUUUGGAUGCAAAGAACGGCAACUGGUUUGUUGUAGAAACCAAUUAUGACCCCUGGAAGGCUCCACUUAUCAUAGAUGACCGGAGGCACCCUGCAAUGAAUUGCUUGAAUAAAACAGGUCAAGAGAAAAUCGCAUUAUCAGGUUUAUACAACGUUCUCUCCACAAAGCCUAUCCUCAACAAGUUGACAGUCUCAACCACACUUUUAGAAGUUUCUGAAGGCCAAAUAGAGACUUAUCUGAGGGAUUGUCCAGACCCCUGCAGUCCCUGGUGAGGGCCAUGCAGCCUGCAGAAUGCAACUCAUGGAAGAGGAUCCCAUGCUGGGUGAACAAUGGCAGAUGUUUUCCAUUGCCAGGAACCUCUUCGUCUUCAGUGUGUCUCCAGAGAAACCUGGAUUUAAGUGCUUGCAAUUCAACCAGCAAAAUUAACUCAGUCUGCUUUCCAAAUGUAUACUUUUUCAUUGUAUGAACCUUAAACAGGGUUUGGGGCUUCUGCUUCUUCCUCCUUAACAUCAGUUGAUCCUUAGGCACAGUGUUACUAGAGAAUUUCUUAAGGCAAUAUCUUAUUGCAGUUUGCCCUAUGUAUCUUCACUCAGGAGUUAAGGCCCAUUGUAUUUGGUAUGCAAGGUGUGCUUUAGGCAGGUGUGUGUGGGAUAGUUUUAGGAGAUGAUGAGUUUGAACUGGUAUUGUCCAAUCCUUUGAAAAAACUCAAGUGUUUGCCUUCUCUUUGGCUGCCACCUACUUUGGUACAUCAGUGUACCAAAUGUUCUGGAGUUCUUACCUCCCUGUGCACCUGCAGACUUCCACCUUCUUCCAGGAGGAGAGAGCUAUGAGAAAACCCAGCCCUGCCUCAGAGGAACAGCAUGGCACUCCUUUCUGGUUAGCAAACAUGCCUGGAGCUUUCCAAGGUGUUGCCUCUGACAUUCUUCAAAGAUUUUCAGUUAGUCCUGCACCUAUGACUGUUUUUCAUCUUCAGCCACAAGUUUUAAACCAGUUGCAUAUCUUAAAGU